AUGAAUACUAGGUCCGGAUCGAAUAAAGAAGAAGUUGAAGGUACUUACAAAAGUGCUAUUGAGAAUCAGGGUAUUCCUGGACGUUCAAAAAACACGAUAAUACACACAUCAACUCCUGUCCUACCCCCUAGAAUCACUCCUAAAUCAAUUAAUUUUACCUAUUACGAUUCAGAAGGUUCAUUAAAAGAUAACGACAAGACGCUUGUGCCCGGUUCCGGCGGUUCCGACGAUUCUGGCGAUUCCGACGGUUCUGGCGAUUCCGCAGACAAUACUGUGAAAGAGCGCGAUACCGAACCUACCCUUAAGCGUAAAUCAAAGCGUAGAAAAAUGACGCAUCCUUUAACUUUGAAUACUUUAAAAUACGCUGUAGAAGCCGUCCCGUUCUUCGACGGGCAGAAUAUCCCGCUAUCAUAUUUUAUUGAAGGAUGCGAAGAGGCAAAAUCUAUGUUACCCGGUGAGACCGAAUCUCAAUUCGCCCGGAUUAUUAGAACGCGAAUUGUAGGCGAGGCUCGUAGAACGAUACAAGACCAAAAUUUUGACAGCAUUGCUCAAUUAACCGCGUUUUUGAAACAAGUUUACGGCCCAUCUAAAACCUUAUACCAGUUGCAAGGAGAAUUAGGUUGCAUAUAUCAAAAAAAUGAGGAAGAUGUAGUUACUUAUGCGAAUAGAGUGAAAUUAUUGGGCAAACAAAUAUUGGAAGCGUAUAAGUCCUGGGGAAAUGCUGCUCCCGACCAAAAUAUUAAAGCAUCAUUAGAGAGGGAUAUGAGCAAAUGCUUCAUUAGAGGAUUAAAACCCGAAAUCGAACAAAGAAUCGCGAGAAAUUUAAGUGUCCAGGAGACAGUAUCCGACGCGUUACGAAUAGAAAGAGAAUUACGUUCAAUAACCGAUCUACGACAGGGCAAAAAUAACACCUCAGGGCAACUAUCAGUUAUCAAUCAAUCGCGUGAAACCUGUCAAAUCUGCUACAAGGAGGGACACUCUGCCUCUAAGUGUAGGAAGUUGACUCAAACUGUUCAGAUUCUCGAUAAAAUUAAUCUAGGAACAGAAAUUCUAAUCUGCCAAAUUUGUAAAAAACGCGGACAUUCUGCUGACAAAUGUCGAUUCCGCGAUCCUCAGAAUCGACAAUCCGUCAAAUUAAUACAACAAACUAAUAUUAUUUGCCAGUUGUGUUCCAAACUCGGUCAUAAUGCCAAAUCCUGUCGAACUAACAAAACUGGUAGUCAAAAUAAGCCUUCGGUAAUUUGUCAAUGGUGCGAUAGACUAGGGCAUACGGCGGAUAACUGCUGGAAAAAACAGAAUGAACAGCGUAACACAGAAAAUAAGCCCAGACCAACCUGUCAAAAUUGCAAUAAUUUUGGGCAUAUCGCGAGAGAUUGUCGAUCUAACGCAAGGGCAAGUGUAGCACCUAAAGACGCAGUAACGUGUCGUUAUUGCAAAGAGCAGGGGCAUCUCCUUGAGAAUUGCGAACUGCGAAUUGCAAGUAAUAAUCGAAGGAAAGCUAACGGUUCGGGAAAUGCGAACGGGCCCUCGACGUCGGGUGUGCAGCAGGGGUCCGGAAGGAUCUCACACCCGCCGGAAGCCCAAGAAACCAGACGAGUAAAACUUUGUGAGUCAAUUCCGCAGACUACCUUUUUAUUAGACACAGGCAGUGGACCCAAUAUAAUUAAAGAGCGCUUUGUACCCGAAAAUAAAAUUAUCAAUUAUAACAAUAUUUUGAAAUUAAGCGGAAUAAAUGAGUACCCUGUUUAUACUAUCGGAGAAAUUAUUCUGCCCCUUUUUGAGAAGGACAUAACCUUCCACAUUGUGUCAAGCAAUUUUCCGAUAUCACAGUCCGGUAUAUUAGGUAAUGAUUUCUUCAAACAAACCUCUUCAAAAAUAGACUAUGCUAAAGGCUAUUUAAAUGUAUCGGGCACUAAUAUUCCUUUCUUUUCCCCAGAAAUUAUUACAGCAGCUCCCCGGUCUGAGUCACUGUUUUAUGUAAGAAUAGGGAACCCUGAAAUAAAAAUCGGAUACAUUCCUAAACAGAAAAUCGCUCAUGGGAUUUAUUCGAGAGAGACCAUAGCAGAAAAUAUCGACGGUAAAGCAUAUCUUAACGUAAUAAGUACUUUGGACGAAGAGGCAGAAGUUCAGGUACCCACAUUGUAUCUUAAACCCUUGGAUGAUAUGUUCGACGAUUAUAAGUUAAAAGAUGAAGAUAAACUAGGAAAAAAUAAAGGAGAAACAGAAGGAAAAACUAAUGACGAAAGAAGAAAUAAUACGGAUUACGGAGAUGUAAAAUUAAUUAAUGAUAAAAGUGAAAUCGUAAAUAAACAUGGAAAAAUAAAAACGAGAGAGAAUGGCAAAAAUAAAAAUGAAGAGAUAAAAAAUAAAGAUAAUCAACCCAAAAACGAGGCAAAAAUUAAAGAAAAAAUUGAACAUAAGAUUCAAAGGGAGAACAAAAUAUUAAGUGAGAAUUCUAAUUCUCGAAAUUAUGGAGAGAGAGGUUUUCAAACCUCUUCCAAAAUAUCCUUCGAUCCAAAAAUUCAUGAGGAGGGAAGUUACCAAACCCCCCUUGAAUUGUCCAAGGAUCUCAAAUUUAUUAGAGGGGAAAAUUUCCAAACCCCUCCUCCAAUGCCCUCCACUCCUGCCGAUCGUGAAAAGGGAAGUUACCAAACCUCGAGCGAUGCGGUUUUUGUUCCAAGAGAGCUAAAAGAAAAGAGCUCUUUAAUUCUCCCUGAAAAAAUAAAUGUUCCAAAAAGGGGAAUGUUUAUAGGAAGUGAUGACCUCUCUCGUUCCAUCAUUAAAAGACCAGCAAAAGAAUUAAAUAACUUAUGCUAUUCUGAAGAAAGCGAAUCAUCCUCAGAAAAUAUUGCCUCAUUUCAACAAAUAAUUGAAAAAUCCGAGGAUAAACAAACUCCAACAAGCACAGAGGAGCGAAAGAUGCAGAGUGAAAUAUCCCACGAAUGCUUAAAAAUCUCCGAAAAGAUAGAGCAAACCAGACUCGCGGAUAUUAUAGAAUUAUUGCGACUAGAGCAUUUAGAUACGCAGGAGAAAGAUAGCGUAACGAAUCUCAUAUCUUAUAGUCAAGAUAGAUUCCAUAUUCCCGGAGAAAAUUUAACGGCAACUCAUGUGUUGCAACAUCAGAUACCGACAACAGAUGAUCGACCCAUUAAUACUAGGCAGUAUCGGUUCCCACAAAUCCAUAAGGAAGAAAUAAAUAGACAAGUCGAAGAAUUAUUAGAAGGAGGCAUAGUAAAAUUAUCUCAGUCACCUUACAACACACCCAUAUGGAUAGUACCUAAGAAAGAAGACUCGAAGGGAAAUAAGCGUUGGAGAAUGGUUCUAGAUUUCCGAGCUUUGAACGAAAAAACUAUUGGCGACGCUUAUCCAUUACCCAAUAUUGUUGAUAUCAUUGAUCAGUUAGGUGGAGCGCAAUAUUUUUCAGUGUGUGAUUUAGCCUCAGGAUUUCACCAGAUUAAAAUGGAUCCUGUUGAUAGCCACAAGACUGCAUUCACGAUACCCUUUGGCCACUACGAAUUUGAACGAAUGCCCUUCGGUUUAAAAAACGCUCCAGCCACCUUUCAACGCCUCAUGGAUUUAGUGUUAUCUGGAUUACAAGGCAAGGAAUUGUUUGUUUAUAUGGACGACAUUGUUAUUUACGCUACCUCAUUGGAAGAACACGAAAGAAAAUACAAUCUGUUAAUAGAUCGACUCCGAAAAGCCAACUUAAAACUACAACCCGAUAAAUGCGAAUUUUUAAAAACACAGGUAACCUAUCUGGGGCACAUAAUAAGCCGAAAUGGCAUUAAACCUGAUCCCAAGAAACUGGAAGCCGUCCGACAGUUCCCCAGACCCAAGACACCGAAGAAUAUUAAACAAUUUCUAGGAUUGGCAGGGUAUUAUAGGCGAUUCAUAUCAAAUUUUUCAAAAUUGGCCAAGCCAUUAACAAAUCUAUUAAAGAAUGAUGUUCGUUUUGAAUGGACAUCGGAUCAAGAAGAUUCCUUUGAAACAUUAAAGGAGCAAUUAUGCAAAGAACCGGUGCUUCAAUAUCCUGACUUUUCCAAACCAUUCAUUUUAACCACCGAUGCAUCUGGUAUAGCAGUAGGAGGUAUCUUAUCACAGGGUGAAGUGAAUAAAGAUAGACCAAUAGCAUACGCGUCGAGAACUCUAACGGAUAACGAAGUUAAAUAUGACACUUACGAAAAAGAAGCUUUAGCUAUCGUAUAUUGUGUAAAACAUUUUCGAGCUUAUUUAUACGGACGAAAAUUUACAUUGGUAACCGAUCAUAAACCUCUGCUUUGGUUUAAAAACGCCCAAGAUGCAAAUAUGAGGAUACUUCGCUGGAGAUUAAAAUUAUCGGAAUACGAAUACGACGUUGUAUAUAAAGCAGGAAAAACCAAUGUAAACGCGGAUGCCUUGUCUCGAAACCCUGUAAAUAUGGAAGAAGAUGAUUGCAACGUUAUCACUCGGAAUAAAAUUCUUAACCCCGAUGACCCAGAAGACGCGAAAAUCAUUUCUAGAAUAUUAGAAGAAUCUGAAGAUGAAGAAGGAGAAGAUGACGAUUUCAAACUUUACCUUUCGGACAAUGAGGAAAUCGAAGACCUGCUACUCGAUGAGAAUCUACCCGAAGAAAACUCCGAUCCGAUACCUUCCAUGUGCAAGGAGCAGAAUAAAUCGCAGCAAUUACAAACCACAGAAGAGGUAUUAAUUCAUGAACCACCCCGCUCCAAUGGAAUGCAAACUCGAAACCAGACCAGAAAUAAAGAUAUCCAACAAAAAAUAUCACUUCAAGAUUCGCAUGAACAUAUAGAUGAAAUAGAGCAAAUAGAAGAAAGAAACGAUCCACCGGACAAAGGUAACAACGAUAGGAAUGACGAAGAAGAGAGCCAAGAAGAAGGAAGAGAAGAGGAAAUAAGGAGAAAGAAACAUAAAUCAAAACCCAUUAUUAUUGAACAUCGAAUAAUUAAGGCUAACACAAUCGAUUCUCGCGAAUUAUUAUUUUUACGAAAAGAUAAUAUUGCAUAUUUUGUUGACACUGAUGGAAGUCCGUUAGAUUUGGGCUCGCAAAAAUUAUUCGAGCGAAAUGAAAUACCAAAUUUAGGAGCUCUAACCCUGGGUGAAGCUAAGGCAGUAAAAUAUAAGAAACAUUAUCAUAUAGCUUUGCCUAUUAGCGAAAGACAGCGCGAAGGACCAACUAUGACUUUAAUUCAAAUCACAACAGUCAUCAGAGACCUACGCAAUAUUAUUGAAAAUUUAAAACUGGAAACAGUAAGCAUCGCAAAAUCAGACUUUGUGAACAACGUCCCAUGGAGUAACAUUAAGCCUUUACUUCAAUCAACCUUUAUAAAUUCAACUUCAAAAUUAAUAAUAUGUAAUGGGUUAAUUAAAUAUCCCCCCAAGGAUCUUCGGCCAAUUAUAAUCGGAGAGAUACAUUGCUCACCCACAGGUGGACACCGUGGAGUUACGAAAACGUAUAGUAGAAUAAAACACCAUUAUUAUUGGGAAAAUUUGAAGUCCGAUAUCCAACAAUACAUACAACAAUGCUUACAAUGUCAAUUAAAAAAGUUGGUGCGAGUCAAAACUAAACAACCCAUGAUAAUUACUGACACGCCUGGUUCCUCUUUCGAUAAAGUAGCUAUGGAUAUUGUAGGACCUUUGCCAAGAACUAAAAGAGGAAGUGAAUAUAUUUUAACAUUGCAAGAUCAAUUAACUAAAUUUUGCAUGGGAAUACCCCUUCCAGAUCAAACAUCUGAGACAAUCGCAGAAGCCUUUGUUGAUAGAUUUAUUUGUGUGUUGGGAGCGCCUAAGGCGAUACUAACAGAUCAAGGACGAAAUUUUAUUAGCGAACUAAUGAAAAAGAUCGCAAAGCUGUUCAGAAUUCGUAAGUUUCGGACAACUGCCUUUCACCCGCAAUCCAACGGAUCUCUAGAAAGAUCACAUCACGCGUUAGGUGAAUAUUUGAAACAGUACGCAAAUAAUCAAAAAGAAUGGGAUCGAUGGAUCGGAUUGGCAAUGUUCAAUUAUAAUAUUGGUGUCCAUGAAGCCACCAAGCAUACACCUUAUGAGUUAGUUUUUGGUAAAAUAGCAAGAAUUCCCUCAGGCGAAUUAUUCGGGCCUGAGGAUAAACUAACAAGCUACGACGAUUACUUAAUAAACUUAGCCACUCAGCUCCAUGCUAUCCAAACUAAUGCCCGAGAAAAUGUAGUUGAGGCAAAAAUUAAAUCCAAAAAACAUUAUGAUAAAAAAAUCAAUCCGCAAACAUUUAGGCCUGGGGAUCAAGUGUUCUUAUUAAAAGGGCCUAAACCCGGUAAAUUUGGGGUUCAUUACACUGGGCCACACGAAGUCUUAGAAAUACUGAACAAAAAUGAUAUGGAUUCCCGGCUUAUUGCUAUAAUGUUGAUAAUAGCAUGGACGCGCAAAACGAAUGGAAUAAUAGGCUACGAUUGUGGAUCACCAAUGGCUAAUAUAACUACAAUGUCUCUACUCAAUACCGAAGAAUGCGAUAUACCCCCUCAACGCGUGAACCAAACCAAAACCUACAUACAACUCAUACAGAUUAAUGAAUUUAAAACCGUAAGAGUCAGGCAAUGCAAGGUCGAGAUCGAUAGAAUAGUGAAAACAUGCGGAAUGUUUUCCCACACCAGCGAUGUACUUAAUGGCAAAUAUUCGUACAUAGAGGAAACAUCUCGUGAAUCCUGUAUGCGAAUGCAAUGGAUCGGAGUCUAUCGACAUGGAAUCACUGUUAUAUCCGAAUUAAAGGCUAAUCAAUCAAUCUCCCGGCCGUUGAUUUUAGCAGGACACAUAGAUGAAGGAGGGUGUCACGGAGGUAGUUAUUCCGAUACUUUCGGGAGUUGGCCUAACGUGAUCGUGCUCGCCACUGUUAAAAUCACACUUCAAGAUUACGAAGCAACAGUCCAACUAAACUCUAAUCGCUUAAUGCUCCGCUCAGGAGUGACUUGCGAUUUCAAGGCUACUCAUUGUAUAGAUUUAGAAGGAGGAAACACAUUCUGGGACCCGCUUCCUGCGGAUCAAUGUGCACUCUCCAAUUACGCAUCCCUCUAUGACGGAUUCGCAGACGUGUUAAUAGAUGAUACCGGGAAGGAAUCCCAGAUAGUCUACACUGUAAAAUCUCAACAAUUUUCGCAUUAA